AUGGGCGGGCAUCAGUGGCUGGGGCGGCAUCGCCGCCUUUGGCUCCACCUGGCCCGAGCCCGGCCCCAGCCCCAGCCCUGGCUCCUCCCGGGGCCCGCGGAGGACACACGCGUCGCGGCCGCUCCCGCCGCCUACGCUGCGGCUCCCCCGGCCCGAGCUCCACCGCUCGGCAGCGCGGCCGCCGGCCCCGAGCUGCCGCCUUCCCGUUCCACAGAGCGAACGCCUGGGGCUGGAAAGGCGCAGCAGGGCCUGAAGGAGCGGUACCGGGUGGGUUCGCUGCUGGGGCGCGGCGGCUUCGGCAGCGUCUGGGCGGCGACGCGGCUCUCGGACGGCGCCCCGCCCGCUGCUGCCCUUGGCUUACAAGUGGUCAUCAAAAUGGUGCCACGGAGCCGCGUCCGGCACUGGGACGAGCUGCCCGACGGCACCAGCGCACCCCUGGAGAUCGUGCUGCUGGACAAGGUGUCCACCGGCUUCCCUGGUGUCAUCCGGCUGCUGGAGUGGCUUGAGCUCCCCAACAGCAUCGUGAUGGUGCAAGAGCACCCGGAGCGGUGCCAGGACCUUCAUCAUUUCAUUCGGGCGUGGGGGUUCAGGUCCGAGGAGGUGGCGCGGGAGCUGUUCCGCCAGGUGCUGGAGGCCGUGCGGCACUGCACCAGCUGCGGGGUCCUGCACAGGGACAUCAAACCAGAGAACAUCCCGGUUGACCUGGUUGCCACCGGGCAGGCAAAAUUGAUUGAUUUUGGCUGUGGCACCUACCUGCAGGUUACAGCCUACACUCACUUUGCAGGAACACAGUCCUACAGCCCCCCAGAAUGGACCAAGUUUGGCUGGUACUAUGGCAAGCCAGCUACCAUCUGGUCCCUGGGCAUCCUGCUGCACCAGAUGGUCUGCGGGGAGCACCCUUUCAGGAGGGGCCAGAACAUCAGCUGGGACCAUCAGCUCUCGCUGCCACAACGGCUCUCUCAAGGUGCCCAGAUCCACCUGAUCAGGUGGUGUUUAUCCAUGCUCGACAUGGAAAGGUCCUCAUUAGAAGAUCUGAUCAGUGAUCCUUGGAUGCAGAAUAUUCAUCAGCCGUAGAAGAAGGGAGAGAACCACAGGCAUGCUUUGAUGCAGGGUCCUGCUGGGGCCCUGGGCAGAACACUGACAGCCUGGUCUCACCCCCAGGAAAGCAGAAGGAGCUCCUGGAGCAGCUGUACCAGGUGGGGCUGCUGCUGCUGGGGACAGCAAAGAAGACAUCACGAAUGACAACCUCUUCCUCUACCUGGCCACUGGCAAGCUGAAGAUGAUGGACUUGGAUUCUGGCACCUUCUUCAAAGCCAGGCUCCACAGUGAAUUUGCAGAUGAGUCCAGACCCAGGGGGAUGCUCCCAGAUUUGGGCAUUGCACAGCUUGGCUGGGAACCAAAGGUUCCCUCUUUGUUGGGGAGGAUAAAAUGGAUUCUUCAGUUAGCUGCCAAGCUGCUUUUUGGCAGGGCUGGGGGCAUGGGCUGGGGUGGGUACGAAAUGGGAGUUGGCUCCUGACCCUGCCAACAGCCCCCAGUGCCCACUGUGCCCUGGGCUGGGGCUAGGGCUGUGGCUGGGGCAGCCACCCUGACACAAACAAACCCCAUGGCAGGAGCAGAGGUGGGACUCCAGAACUGUGCAUGGCUGCUU